UCUCUUUCUUAUCUCUAUUUUCAUCUCUCUCAUCAAUCACAAUCAUCAACACAGUUUCUUCGCUGAUAAAGAGCGAACCGCAGCGACGACCACCGUCUCUGAAGCGGCUCAGCCGACAACACCACCACCACCACAUCGUCUCAUUUGCCGAUAAGACAACACAAAACGCCGAUAUUUUGGUUAAUGGCGACGCAAUUUGUCUUCUUACACAAAUCGCUUUCUUAGGAUUUCGAGGAUUCAUAUCUUGCUGGAAAUCGGUUGGGACGAGAAUUGGGCUAGGUUUUCGAUUCUUUUAGCAGAGCUGUGAUUUAGGAUUCGUAUUUGGUUUGAUUUUUGAUACGAGGAAGAUAGGUUUGGCUUAGAGGAUAAUGUGUAUACUGUGCGUCAUUCAGAAGUGGUCUCGACGGGUUGCUACCAUGCUUCCAUGGUUAGUAAUUCCACUGAUUGGACUAUGGGCUUUAUCUCAGCUUUUGCCGCCAGCUUUCCGGUUUGAAAUCACCUCACCGAGGUUGGCGUGCGUGUUUGUGCUUUUGGUUACCCUCUUUUGGUAUGAAAUUUUGAUGCCGCAGUUAUCAGCUUGGCGGGCUCAGAGGAAUGCUCGGCUUAGAGAGAGAAAGCGGUUUGAGAUGAUUGAAAUGCAGAAGCUUCGGAAGACUGCUACACGCAGGUGCCGGAAUUGUUUGACUCCAUAUCGAGAUCAGAAUCCCGGUGGGGGCCGGUUUAUGUGUUCGUACUGUGGGCAUAUAUCAAAGAGACCUGUUUUGGACUUGCCAGUCCAGGGGCUUUCAAAUUCUGGAAUUUUGAAGGAUUUGGUUGGCAAAGGUGGGAAAAUAUUCAAUGGUAAGGUGUGGGCUGAAAAUGGUUGGAUGUGUGGUCAAGAUUGGCUAGACAAUGGUAAUUGGGUUGGUGGAUCUUUUUCUGAGAAGUCUGCUUAUUGGAAGAAUAAUGGGGGUGGGGUUUUUGGAAGUGAUGACCAUUGUAUGGCAGAGAAAUCUUAUUCCGGUGUUGUUAUUUUGGCCUGCAAGAUAUUGACUACUUUCUUCUUGAGUAUCAGAUGGCUGUGGAGAAAGAUUAUGAGGGUUAGUUCCUCUGGAGAUGAUGCUUCAUCAAACUCAGAGCACAAGGGGAUAUUGGCUAAAAGAGGUGAGAAUGGAACAAAUUAUCAAGAGAGUAGAGGUGAAAAAGCUCGUAGAAAAGCUGAAGAGAAGAGACAGGCUAGAUUAGAGAGGGAACAAUUGGAAGAGGAGGAGAGGAAGCAAAGGGAGGAGGUUGCUAGGUUGGUGGAGGAGCGUAGGAGAAUGAGAGAUGAGAAGAUGGAGGCUGAGAAAGAUCGCUGCAAAGGUUCAGCUACUGCAAGGGAAAAAGAUAGUAGGAAGGUUGCAGGAAAAAAGCGUCAGGAGAGAAGGAAGGAAAAAGACAAGGGCUCUAGUAAAAGCAACUCUGAUGCUGAGGAACUGGAAAAGAGAGUUGGUAAGGGAAGUGAAGGGAAGCGGGAUUUUGACAAGAAAAGUGAGACUGAUCGACGGGAAUCUCACAAAUCUGGGGUAGAAAGCUCCAGGGCCCAUAGCACAGAUACGGGACAUGGGUUUAAGGGUGCCACUGUAAACAAUAAUUUCCGGGGAAAUGCUGGAUCUAGAUACCUGGAUCAUAUGAGGGGUACUUUUCUUUCAUCUUCUAGAGCAUUUAGUGGAGGUAGUUUCUUUGGAAAGGGUUCUAAUACUUCUGCUAUUGCUUCAAGAGAAAACAAGCCUAAUGGUUCUAUAGAUCAUGUUCAAAAUUCUGUCAAAGGGAAAGAUUUAUCGAAACCUGGGCUUCUAUAUGGGAAAUCAAAUAUAAAUGGAGAUGAAAGGAGCUUCAGCCGUCCUGUUCUUGUUGAACCACAACCAGCAACAAUCCCUAAAAAAUCAUGGCAACAGUUAUUUACCCGUUCACCAGCUGUUACUCCACCGUCUAAUUCGAAUGUCAUAAGUAGACCAAAUGGGAAAUUACAAGCAGAAGUUCGAAGUCCUCCAUCUCAUGGCCACUCAUCAUUAACACAACCAUAUGAUAACCCUAUUAAUUUUGGAUUCCCAUCGCCAUUUACUUUACCUACUUCCACUUAUUUAUCAAUGAAUAGUAGUACUGUUAUUCCAUUAGCAUCUGAAGCCAUGUUUCCUCGCAUUGGAGAUGCACCUCGUGAACUUUUACCAGAAGAGUCGGACAUUUUUGAAGACCCUUGUUAUGUUCCUGACCCAGUUUCCCUUCUUGGUCCUGUUUCAGAGUCACUAGAUAACUUUCAGUUAGACUUGGGUGCUGGCUUUGUCACGGACAUGGAAUUUGAAAAGCCUCAUGCUUUAAAGAAUAUAUCUACAUCUUCUGAGGUCAGCAGACCAUCACCAAUUGAGUCUCCAAUGACGCGAUCACGAGUCUCUGAUGAAAGGAAUUCUAGUUCUAAUCGAUUCCCAGGUACUCCUAAGGCCCAGGAUAAGCACACUUCAAUGGAUUUCAGUAAUACAGAUGAGAGCGGGACGUGGCAGAUGUGGAACACUUCUCCUCUCGGUCAGGAUGGCCUUGGGUUGGUUGGUGGCCCAGGUAGCUGGUUUUUAUCUCAAGAAUUGAACAGAUCAAACAGGGAAGAUGUUGUGCAUCCUAUAGCUCCCAAAACUAUGGCGUCACUGUUUACAAGAGAUGAUAAACCCGUGUCUUGCACUCAUUCUCCUCACAAUGUUUUUCUUGGCAAUUGCCAAAAUGGCGGGACCUUUCAUACUCCUGUUCCUGGUUCUGGUGAUGAUCCAUGGUUAUCAAAACCCUCAUUUGGACCAAUGACAGGCAGUGAAAAUCAUUUCUCUCUUAAUUCUUCGGAAGAAACUUCUCAUAAGAAUGGGUUGAUCUAUGGGAGCCCCAGUGGAUCUGCACAUAAUCAUCCAUUUGAGUUGUCUCCAGCCAAUUCUUGGGCCAAAAAGGAGUGGGCUGUACAGGGUUCAGGGGAAGGCGUCGGGAGCGGGAGCUCAUCAAUCACAAGGCCUCAUGGUGGCCUAUAUUCAACCCCAGAUGUACAGUUACUUUGGUCGUACAAUUGAAAAAGAGAGUAGAGUAUGAUGACUUGAAAAAAAAUACACCUGUUUUGGAGGGGAAAAUAGCCUCUUUUGGAAGACAGUUUAGAAUACGAGACGCAAUGUAUCUUCCUUGUCUUCUUCAUAAGGGAGAUUUACUUACAUUAGCAAUUUAUAGGAAAUACAGGCCUCAUGCGUGUGCUAGCUCAUCAGGUAACAUUCAAGUAUCACUAGUUGUUUAUAGUUUCUGGUCCGUGAGGGAGGGGAUGUUCCCUAUUUAGAGAGGAAAACUUUUAUCUUUGCAGAAUGCAGCAAACUCUCUUUGUUGCAGACUUGUUGAAAUGCUCUGUUAAAAUGGAUGGUUAAUGAUACUAACACAAUUGGGAGGCAUUUCUAUUUCUCA